CAGAGAUCUUUUGACUUCGGCGAUGCCGAUGCGGCAGAUAGAAUCGAAUGUGGUAUCGGUUGUCAUGUAUGAUGUUUGAUAACUUUUCGUUGUUAGGAACGGAGCCUUAUUAUUUUUGCCCUGUUAAGGAGAGAUGAUUGUUACCGAUACAACAAAUUUGUAACUGUCAUCGUUGGGAGAUUGUUUUUUUUUACACAUCAUUCUUCAAUGUCUAGAUGAUCCAGCAUACAUCACUGCUUGGGAAAAGAUUGUCAUCGCAAGUUACACAUCACAUCCAGGAGACACUAUCUGCGUUUUCGAGUCACAUAUGGAGCACAGUUGAACAUAAUAGUCGCGACACUUUACAUUUACAACGAAAAUCGCCUUAAGGAAGAAAGAGGUUAGCAUCCUCUAUAUCUAUAGCGGAAUAGCCAAAUUGCAAUAACCAUGCAUCUGACCGAUGUUUGGUGCCAUCUCUGAACUAUGUAAAAUUCAUCAUGGGCUCAACAAACAAAAGAAAACUCCGACUCAGAUACAGAUGCUGGCAGAAAAUUUUUCUGUCAGUUAUUGGACUUCCACUUGCAGUUACAUUGUUCCUGAGUCUUGUAGCCUUCCUCAGAGCUGUUUUCAUACAACCUCAACAAUAUGUGGACAUACUAGAGCUCCUGAAAGACCAGACUUCAGAUGCUAUUGACAGGAGCAGCAUGAAGCUUAGGUCUGAACGUCUUGCUGGAGCACUGAGGAUUCCUACCGUGUCAUAUGCAAUUGAUAAACAAGAGAAACAGGCUAUACUCCAGUACCAUGAGUUUAUUAAGACAAAUUUUCCAUUGAUCCAUAGCUCACCACACAUUAAGAGAGAAGUUAUCAACGAGUACAGUUUGUUGUACACUGUGGAAGGCACAAGUAAAGGAAAGCUACCAUAUUUGUUGGCUUCUCAUUUGGAUGUUGUUCCAGCUGAUCCUAGAGCAUGGGAUGUUCCUCCAUUUAGUGGAAAAAUUGUUAACCAAACUUUUGUUUAUGGUAGAGGAGCCAUCGAUGACAAAACAGGUGUAAUGGGAAUUCUGGAAGCUUUGGAGUAUAUGCUUGAAAAGGGACAAAGGACUCGGAGAACCUUUUACAUUGCCUUUGGUCAUGAUGAGGAAAUAUCAGGAAGACGAGGGGCACAGGAAAUAGCAAAGAUACUCACAGCACGUGGUGUCACUCGAUUAGAUUUUGUAUUGGAUGAAGGCUAUCCACUUACAAAAGGGCUGAUACCUGGCACAGAUAGGCAUGUAGCAAUCAUUGGAGUCUCAGAAAAAGGCUCUGCCACUGUUGAACUCAGUGUAAGGGGAAGUCCAGGGCACUCCAGCUUUCCACCAGCAGAAUCAGCUAUUGGAAUUCUAGCAGCAGCUGUUGCACGUCUAGAAAAAAACCCUCAGCCAGCUCUACUCGGCCAAGGCCCUGAAGCAGCCACAUUCCAGUACCUAGCACCACAUGUUUCGUUUGGUUAUAAAAUUCUGUAUAGUAAUUUAUGGCUCUUUUCGGGACUAAUGGCUCGAGAAUUAGCACUUAAACCGAUUGCAAAUGCAAUUGUUCGCACAACAACAGCCAUCACUGUAUUUCAUGGUGGAAUAAAGGAAAAUGUUGUUCCACCAUCAGCAACAGCUGUCAUCAAUCAUCGAGUACAUCCAGCUCAAAGAGUGGCUGAUGUAAUUUCUUAUGACCGUGAGAUAAUUGAUGAUCCUCGUGUACACAUUCGAGUCAAAACUUCAAGAGAAGCUCAUCCUGUCUCUCCAUUUGACCGUGAUUGCAUUCCCUUUCAGAUGGUAGCUACAAGUAUAAAACAAGUUUUUCAUGAUUCCAUUGUUGUACCAGGUGUUUUCAUUGCUAAUACAGAUACUCGCUGGUACCUGGAUCUUACAUCAAAUCUCUACAGAUUUCUACCAACAAUUGUAACACCAGCAGAUAUUACUCGGUACCAUGGAAAUAAUGAACGGAUUUCCAUAGACAGUUACCAUCAAGCAAUUAAUUUUUAUUACAGAAUAAUUAAGAAUUCAGAUCUACUUAUUAAUGUAGUUCCAGCAUCAGUCAUCAGUAAUGAAGAGAAAGAGUUAUAAGUUUACAGAUAAAUGUCAUGUCACAGCACAUUUUGUAGUGUUCAUUUUUCUUAGCAUGAAAGUUGUGGACAACAAUUAUAGGAUUUACUUAUAUUGAUCUCAUAUCAAAAGUGUCUAUUAUUUUGCUGUUUAACUUCCUUAGACAGAACUCUAUUAGACAAAUAUAUGUGACCAGUAGAAAUCAGUCAAAUCUGGAUAUAUUAGACAUGUCCAUCCAGUAAUGUUUCAGCAAUAGUUAUUCCACUUUACAAGACUUUGACAGACUCUCCUUGUAACAAAUAAUGUCAUGAUGCUGAGCAAAAACAAUUUCUGUUCAGAACCCUUGAAACUAUUACCCCAUAAUAUAUACAUACAUAGCACACAACAAAUAAAAGGGCAAUAUGUAUUUCUCAUCUGCAACAGCUGCAGGGCCUUAAAGCAUCCAAGAAUUUACAAUAAUUGCUAAGAUGACUGUAGUAAUAGACUGCUGUACACUAUUUAUCUUGACACAAAGAUGGAAAGCACAUAUCUGCAAGUUUUAAAUUUUAAGACAAACUAUAAAAAUGUUAGACCAUUUAGUGUUUAAUUCUGGGAUUUGGUGUGAUAUUUCUUACUUGGCUGUGUUGUUGCUUAAUAUAAGCUAUAAUGGAAAGGUGCAAUCCAUUUACACCAAGACAUAUAAAACGAUUUUAGAUUUUCUUCUUCUUUCAUUUGGCUUUUUGCUAACAGUAAGGAGGUUCUUAUGUAGACUAAACUCUCUUUAAAAUGCUUUACAUAUGAAGUGGAACUGGCUAUAAUUAUUUCAUACAUGUUACUAAGCGUAUUAGUAAUGAUGCAUGCAGCGAUUUUUAAAUCUAUAGUGAAUAUUUGUUUCAUUGACUUUUUUCAUGACAUAAGUACACACUGAAUUUCCUGUUUAUUCAUCUUUAUAUUGAGUCAGACAUGUAUUGUGCACUCACUCAAUAUACAGUUGGCACUGGAUGCAAGUCUGUUGUAUAUCAAGUCCAGCAUCUCCUAUAUUAUGUUACUCGAUGCAUUAUUCAGAAAGCACUUUCACAUGCAGGGCACAAACAACGUCUGUUACUACUUGCCUUAUAUUAGUGGUGGGGAGGUCUGCAGUUCAUUUAUUUUCAUUACUUAUCUUUAUAUUUUAUCAAUGCUUUUUACUUCAGACUUUACACUGAAGUACUUUAAAAAUGGGACACUGUACUUAUUAUUUAUUAAGUUAAAACCCAUACCUGAGAAUUCAUUUUGAAUUCACUAAAUUUGCAGUAUAAUAAAAUUAUUGGUAAAUCCUAUCAGAAUAGCUUUGAAAUGGAACCAUGGCAUUUUGGUGCUCUUUUGAAGACACAAGUUGAAAAAGAAUAAUAAUAGAAGGCACUUAAAUUUGCUCUGAGGUUGUUUUAGUUCAUCCAUUCUCUCCCUUUAGUUAUAGACCAUUUUAAGCAUCACCAUAACAUUGCAGUUGCAUAUACAAAGAUGCAGACUUAUUUUUAAUAAGAUUUGUUGUGCUGUAGCAGUUAUCAAACAAAUUUAAUAGGAAAAUGUAUAAAGACAUACAAGGAAACUAUUUUUAUAUACUUCCAUCCAUGACUGUUAAUGUUUUAGAGUAAUUUCUCAUAUUAUAUCUGUGCUAUGUGCAAUGACACCAACUUCACUCCUUCUCGCACUUUAUAUUCAGUGCUCAAUGACACUAUGUAUGACAAUCUUUUCUUUUAUUUCAUUGGUCACCUGUUUCUAAUGACCACACUGUUGAUGGGAUAUUGAACUCUUAUCUUCCCUUCUUUCAUUUCCACUGGUCAACUGGUUCUUUUACCAUGACUUGACUGUACAUUUAACUAUGGCUUUCCCUCAUUUUAUGCCAGCUUAUAUAGUUUCAUGCUCCAGUGCUGCUUUCUACCUCAGGCACAAAUACAUUUAAGGAAGCUAUUUUCACUGCUUUCUAUUUUCACGCCUUCCUGUUUUCAGUGGUUCACAAGUUUGCUUCUGGAUCUCUGAACCAUUGCCAAAAAUAUCAUAACAGGGGAGGG